GUUUCGCGCCAUCUUAUAAAGUUACCACUGUGUUAGUGAAGUCUAGACCAGAUAGCUUCAUUAUUUAUACGGUUUACAAGUCGAAUUUAUUGGAUAAUACUUGCCAGGUGGUAUACAUAUUGCUGAAAUGUGGAAUCAAGGUAGUUAUGGAGGUGGUUAUGGAGAUGGAGGAGGUGGGGGAUUUGGCAGCACACAGGGAGGUGGUGGAUUUAUGAAUUCACCGGGUGGGUUUUCAUCACCAAUGCAAGGAUCACAAGAAAAAUCACGAGGAAGACGAGCACAGAACCUAAUGCCUGUUACAGUAGCAGAAUUGAUAAAUCUUACAGACGAUGAACUGAAAAUUGGUGAUAUCGAAGUCAGCAUGGUGACCGUAGUUGGUCUUGUACGCAGUGUACAACAAGCCCCAACUAAUAUACUUUAUAAAUUAGAUGACAUGUCAGGACCUACCAUGGAUGUCAGGAAGUGGGUUGAUUCAGAUGACUCAUCAGGAGAUGUAGAUGGAGCGCAACCAAUUCCAGAAAAUACAUAUGUCCGUGUUAUUGGUCAACUCCGGUCAUUUGGUGGUAAACGAAACAUCAGUGCAUUCAAAGUUCGUCCCCUGACAGAUUUAAAUGAGUUGACAAUGCAUUUACUUGAAGUAGUACACUCACAUAUGUAUAUUGAGAAGGCACAGACAGAAGAGACUGCAAUUCAAAGUUGCCAUGACGACACUGGUAUAAGCAUUGACGUCAUUGGACAAAGACUUCGAGGGAUGUCCAAGGAUGCCAUCAGGAACGCUGUUGAAUUUCUCAGCAAUGAAGGUCAUAUUUACUCAACAAUUGACGAUGAUCACUUCAAAUCUACGGACAGUUAAAGAUCAUAAAAACAAACGAAACUACAUUACAGCCAGUGAGGGCGUUGUUCCUGUGUGAACUUGUUUACGGAUAAAUGUAAACAGUGGUUAUUGACAUAGCAUCUACACUGCCAUUGAUAUGACUUUAUUCCUCCUAAUGAUGGUAUAAAUGUUAUCAUAGUUGUUAUUUCACUCAUUAAAAUAUGCAACACUGUCUGCAGUGUGGUAAAAAGUUUGAGAUUCGAUGACAAAUUUGAACAAAAGCAAGCAAGCAAACAGGCAGGCAGUCAAAGAUGAGAAUGCUGCUCCCUGGGAAAUGAGCAUAUCAAUAUUGCCUUUUUUCAUGUGGAAUGAGUAAACACAAGUGGUGAUAAGUCAUGUAUCAUUGCAUAUUUACUGGUAAAUAAUAGCUAGAAAAAAUGCACUUUAUUCAACCAAAUAUUCUUAUUCUAUCUAUCUAGUUGUUUGCAUAUGUAUAGCAUUAACAUCCAAAUAUUUACCCCAUUUGUAUGAAUUGAUACAAAGAGUCAUUUGACUCGGCAUGGUUAAAAAUGCAGCUCAUGUUAGAACAAUCUUUCUUUCUGUCAUUGUAUUUAAACAUUUCAGUAAACAGACUUGUGCCUUAAUAUAUAUUAUUUUUAUAUUACCUUUUUUACUUUAUUAUUAAAUUCCUUGGCCCCCAGUACUGCUGCUAACUCUUUGACAGCCAGCAUUUAUAUCCAAAUACUAGCCAUACCAUAUUAACCUGUCAGUGCUACCAGAUGUUAUGGUAAUUAGCAUCUCCUUAUAUGGCAUUAAUGAAGAUAUUCUUUGUAUAAUUCCACUUAUCAGUAGCAAUCAUGUAUUAAAAAACAUUUUUUGUGAA